GGCCGCCGCUGGCUGUGCCGCUUGCAGCGCUCUCGCGCGCCCCUGCUGCCGGCCGCGCUGCUGCUGCCGCUCUGCUUCGCCAACUACGGCGCCGAGGCGCUGGGCCAGCAGGUGCUGCGCCGCCGCCGCGUGCUGUUGCUGCUGGGCGCCGGUGGACCCCUGCUGUACGGCCUCGCCUGCCUCGGUCACUCGCUCGGCGCCCAGGCGCUGCUGGCCGCCGCCGCCCACCUCAUCUGCCGGGGGCUCGACUGCUUCAGCAGCCAGUGGAUAUGGACCUUGGUAGCUGGUUAUCUGUUGACUGUUUCAUUCAAGUGGAAUGCAAGUACUGAGCGUUACCUGAGAGCAAUCUCUGUUCCUGUCUGGAUAAUAUUGCUUUUCCACUUAGCUUCAGUGGCUGGUUCUUGGCGAAUUCCAGUAUUUCUGGUAAUAGUUUUUCUGAUGACUGUUGGCAUGUUGAAUGAGCAACAGACUGGAAAGGAGUCUUCUGGGACAGAACUUCCUGGUCAAAUGAUUUCCAUUGCUGCUUCUGCAAUUGCUAUGGCAAUCACAGGAUAUGAGUCAAGUAAUGAAGAACAUUCAUCACAACCCUCAGGAACAGUGGAAAGUGAACAACACCCUCCUGCUUCAUCAUCAUCUUCCUCCUUAUCAGCCACUUCUGGUAGACAGAAGCCUGAAAUUAGAGCUUUUUUUAGAAAGAAAAAAACCAGUGAUAUCUAUUUUGUUACUCUAGUAUGGGCCAUCAUAAUAGUUCAGAUCUGGUUGAAUCUCUGGAUUGUGCAGUUACUGCCAGUGCCUAUUGCAGUUUGGGUUCUUAAAAAGCUUGUGGUCCACUUUGGAGUUGUGAACUUCAUGGCAAAACGUUGUAGCAUGUGGUGGCACGUUCUGGAAAACUUUGUGAAGGAACGGCAAGAAGCUCUUGCUCCAUGGCCGAUCAGAGGACUUGGAAGGGUCAUGCUAAAACUUGACAGCAAGAUGAUUGUGUGGUUGGAGAAAAUGCUUGAUAAAAUCAUUAGCAUUUUCAUCAUAUUUUUGCUAGUCAUAGGAACUCUUCUGCUAGCUCUUCUCCUUACUGCAAAGGUACAUCAAGAGAGUGUUCACAUGAUUCAGGUCACAAGCAGCUUGAUCAAUGAGACUGUAGCCAAUCACCCAGAAUGGGCAAACUGGCUCCCUGAAGCCCAGGUCAUUCAGAAAGCUCUCAAUUCAGCAGCUAACAACGUGUACCAAUAUGGCCGGGAAUGGAUCACACACAAGCUCCAUAAGAUUUUAGGAGAGAAAGUGAAUAACACUGCUGUGAUUGAAAAGCAAGUUCUUGAGCUCUGGGACAGACUCUAUCAUUCAUGGUUUGUGAAAAAUGUAACAUAUUCUGGAAGACACAAAGGGCACAAGUUGCACAUUAAUCGUCAGAACAGCUGGCUGGGUGACAUUUUGGACUGGCAAGAUAUUGCUUCCUUUGUUCAUGACAACAUUGAGACAUUUCUAUCGAUCUUGGAGUCUCUGUGGAUAGUAAUGAGUCGGAACGUGAGCCUGCUGUUUACCACAGUAACAACGUUAGUAACUAUCCUCUUUCAUAGCGGGACAGCCCUUCUCAAUUUUGUGCUCUCAUUGGUGAUUUUCCUCACCACGUUGUUUUAUCUAUUAAGUUCCAGUGAUGAGUACUACAAACCAGUGAAGUGGGUGCUUAACCUGACACCCUUGUCACAGCCGGGGCCAACUUCAAAUAUCAUUGGCCAAUCUGUGGAAGAGGCUAUAAGAGGUGUGUUUGAUGCUUCUCUCAAAAUGGCUGGGUUCUAUGGACUGUACACCUGGCUGACUCACACCAUAUUUGGAAUCAAUAUUGUCUUCAUUCCAUCAGCUUUAGCAGCAAUCCUUGGAGCUGUACCAUUUCUGGGGACAUACUGGGCAGCAGUACCUGCAGUUCUAGAUCUGUGGCUCGUCCAAGGAGAAGGCUGCAAAGCCAUUUUGCUCUUGGUUUUUCACUUGUUGCCAACGUAUUUUGUAGACACGGCAAUCUACUCUGAUAUAUCCGGAGGUGGCCAUCCUUACCUGACAGGUCUCGCAGUAGCUGGUGGAGCAUAUUACCUGGGAUUGGAAGGGGCAAUUAUUGGACCCAUACUUCUUUGUAUCCUUGUGGUUGCCUCCAACAUAUACAGUGCCAUAUUAGUGAGUCCGACAAAUUCAGUGCCCACCCCAUCACAAACGCCAUGGCCUUUGCAGAUAUACUGGUCAUCUAGAGAGAGUCCUGAGGAAGUGAAAAUGACUGCAGAAUGAUUUUGACGCCAGGAUGUACCUAUUCAGUAUGAAGUAGUUGUUCUCUUCUGCGUUGAGGUUGGAACAGUUGUGGCCUUCUUUCUCUUCCAGCUGUGCCUAGGAACAGCUCAGUGAAGCACAAUUUUUUUUUUCUUUUUUUUUUAAACCUUCUAACAUCUGCUGGCCUUGCAUUAUUAAGCACUUUAUCUUUACAAGAGAGAACGUCUACUUCCCAUUGCUUUGCAUAUUACCAUGCAGAUUUAGAGUUCAGAUGCCUUGUUUGUAGACUUUUUUUCUUCAGAAAACACCUUGUGAAAGAAGUAUAUCCACUGGAGUUGGGUUGUGAUCUGCUGAAGUGACUAACUAGGUAUUUAUUUUUUUGGUUAUUUGUAUUAUUAACUUUUAGUAGCUUUGAACAGAAGCUAUGUUCCAAACCUUUCGUCACUGGUAUCUUUAGCUAAUCUAAGAGUGUAUUUCCUUAGAAACAUUGAAACCUUUUAAUAGAGUAAAGCACUAAUUAUCUGUUGCUUCUCAGCACAUUUUUGACCAUCUUUCACUUCAUAGAAGAUCAAACUUAGCGUGCUUUAUAAGCUGACAAUGUUAAUGUCACCGAGUGGUGCUUCCAACCUGCCUAAAACUUAACAAGACUUGUGAUUUGUGUCAAGUAAGAGUUAUCCACAUGCAGCGUAGGAAUGUUUGUUCAAACAAUUUAAUCCUUGGGUUAACUUUUGAAGUAGAAUAUUAUCAAGUGUUGCUCUUUAGCUUACAACUUAAACCAGUGCACCAGGGUCUCAAUAGGAAGAUGUUUCCUGUGGAUUCUUGUCUGCUUGACCAAAUGUAAUGAAAGGACUUACGGUAGAGAUGAAAGAAGGCUACGUGUCUGCUUGCAGUGAUUGAAAGAGGCUGAAUGGUGAAUGUUUUCACACUGUAUUUUUCAAAUAUUUUAAUUUUGUGUUUGUUUAUUGGGGAAGUAGUGAGCAACAAGGGAGGUUAGAAUUUUAAAAUAAAUCUCUGUCUAAAUAUCCUGGUAAAAUAGGUAGAGAUCUGAAAUUCUUUAAGAUGUGGUAUUAUUGAGAUUUGAGAAUCAGGACAGUGCACUAUUGUUUUUCCCUAACCUAUCAUUCUUCUUGGAUUGGAGUUUGUGGCACCUCUGGUUUUUCAUAUAUAGGUGCUAAUGCAGGCUUGAAUUCGUGCAUUGUUUCCACCAGAAAAAAAUGGAGGUUUGUUCUGUAAAAUGUCUUAUGGUCUAAAGAGACAUAUCCUACAAACUAAAUUUCCUCCACCUAUUGUUUAGUUAACACUCCUCUGAUCAACAGGACCCAGGACAAAUGAUCAGCUUUAUUUUUAGCUAGAUCAUAUCUAUUCAAUUCCUGACUGAAUCACCUUAAAAUUUAUGGCAGGGUUUCUUUAUUCUUAAGUUAUACAGUGUAGCACAUGGCAUAUAUAUUACAUUGUAAUGCCGAAUACCAGUACACAAAUCUGACCACAUAACCUAGACUAAGUUAUUCUGUAAGGCCAUGUAUCUGGUUCUACCCAAGUUACAGAGGUUAUACUAAAUCUUUGGGAGACUUCUGUCAUGGCAGUGUACGUAGUCAUAGAUAACCCAUAAUAUUGAAUUUUUAGUUUACAAAUAGGGCUCAAAGCAUGAUAGUUAAUAUAUAGCCAAAUAUUGUAGAUUUGCAGUAAAAUGGCACUAUCAAGAGCCAAAUUUUAAAUAGUAGAGAUUAAAUUCAUGCUUGUCUUCUCAUUCUUGAUUGACUUAUCUAAAUAAAGAAUUUUGUAUGUGUGCAAUUUUUGCACUUGCAAAAUUGCAAAGCUAAAAUUGGAGCCCAGAUGAGGCAGGCCUCUUACAUAUUUAGCCUUAAGGAUUUAAUGAAAAUUUACUAAGUAAAUAAUACAUAUAUGCAAUUCAUAAGCAAAAUUCAAACUGAUAUAGAUAUAUAGAUGUAUCAGUUUGAAUUUUGCUUAUGAAUUUCAAGGUUUAUAGGUUAAUUUGACAUGUUGCUCUGUGUAGGCACAAUAUGUGUAGUUAUGGGUAGAUGUCCAACUCCCAAUUCCUUUGCUUUUAUGGGAUCAAGUUAGAUAUUUUAAAUAAUUUAACAUCUCAUUGCUUUAUACAUGACAGUUCUGAAAAAAAAGUUUAGGAUCUCAUAAACUGUAAAUUUUCCUGUGAUAUUCAAACCAGUAUAGAUGAGAUUGUCAUGACACUUGGGAAACUGAUGCAUUUUUCUAUAUUAGUUCAUGCUUCAGAGUUAUAUAACAGUAUGAGUCUUUUUGGUCUAUCAUGUUACUGUGUGCUGCCUAUCCCACUCCCUCCAGAGCUAUAUAAGAGGGAUAUCACUCCCCCAAAACGUUAUAUCUUUAAUAUUUUUUUCAAUAUUACUUUGGUAUUUUUUCCCCACUGUGUCAAGUUAUUUGUAUUAGGGGUUUUCUGUCUGUUGUUUUUUUCUGACCUGAUUUCAAAAUCCUGAAUUAGAUGUUAAGGUUCUUUCUGUGGUAAAACAGACUCUCAUAAACAAAGAGUAAUGAUUUUUCCUAAAGCAUCUAAGAAGUAACUAGCCAGAGAGAGUGAGUUCUCUUCACAUAAGGGGAUAUUCAUUAAUAAUAAACUAAUUCAGUAAAUUGAGAAAAUGUUAGUAUUUUGAAGCGUUUCCAUUGCAGUUUGAAGAUCAUAAUUUUGUGUGGCAUUUAUGCAUGCUUGGUUCAAUAUUGGUUUGCUUUUUAAAUGAUUUGUUGUACUCGAGACUUCAAAUUCAACUAAGAUUUGUUAUUAAGAACCUAUUGUUAUUAAAGUACUUUUUUUAAAACUAGCCCUACAUUUAAGAUCAGAAACUCUGCCAGGAUUGCAAAUAGAGAAACAAAGGCUUUGUUUUAACUGUAUGUGAAGUAUAUAGGAGUCAAUGACAGUUAACUCCUCUAAAAAAUAAAAUAAUCUGGUUCUUCAACUAUAACAUCUUUCAUGAAAAAGUAUGAACAUUUUGGUUAUCCAGUUUUUAAUAUGAGUUUACUGUAGCAUUUUGAAAAAGUGCCAAAAGGAACUAAUGACUUGGAUCUUUUCACAUUUAAUAAUAGAUAUUUUAUGGAAAUGUGUAGCAUUUGAAAACAGUAGAAAAAAUCAACUUCACGGUUCAUUCAAAAAAAUAAAAGCAUUGGUUUUAUACACCUUGUAUGAAAUUAAGCUUUUAAUCCACUUGUAGACACCAGAAAAAA